AUGCAAGAGGAGUUGCUUUUCAGGACUCAUCCGAUGUUAUGCUUGAUCGAUGAUGACAUUGUGGGAAUCCCUGUCUUAGCUCAGAAGCUAAUGCUUAUCCAAGCAACCAUGAUCUCCCGCUGUUUGCCUGAGAUUGUCCGCAAAAUCAAUCUGAAGAUGGAAACCGCUGUGUUAGAGUUGAACAAGCUUCCGCUGGUAAUGGCUUCUACAGGGGAAGCACUCAUGGCGUUGAUGGACAUCAUUGGCUCUGCAAAAGAAUCUCUUCUAAGAAUCCUUGUCCAAGGAGACUUCUCUGAGUUCCCAGAUGAUCAGAACAUGCACUGCACUGCUCGCUUGGCUGAUAUGUUAAGCCGAUUCUCAGAUGAUCUACAAGAAGAUCCCCAUGAUGGUGGCGAGUUCUUGAUGGAUGAGAUCAAGGUAUUGGAGGAAUGCAAAUGUGUAGGGCUGCCUAAUUUUAUCCCGAGAUCUGCAUUCUUGGCUAUUCUUUCAAAACAUGUUGACGAGAUACAAGCCAAACCAGUUGAGUUCAUCCAGAAGAUUUGGGACUACAUCGAAGUUGUUCUUUCUUCUGUCAUCACCAAGUACUCUGACAACUUCCCACAGAUCCAACCUUCCAUCAAACGAGCCGGCCGUAAUCUGAUAUCGAAGAUCAAGGAACAAUCUGCGAAUCGAGUGACUGAGAUCGUUGAGAUGGAGAAGUUAACGGAUUACACUUGCAACCCUGAGUACAUGACGUCUUGGACGGAGAAGACAAAUGAACAAGCGAGCUUCAUCGUUGCUGUUUUGGACGAUUGUGCUUCUGACCCUGAAGAGUUCCCUUUGACUGUAUUUGGGGAUGUUGAGAUUGCGCAUCUGAGAGUAUAA